GUUGCCAUCUGCUGCCUGCUCCAGUACGCCGCCAUCCUCAGCAACCCAGCUGUUGUUAAGAUGGGGCUGGUAGCAGCAACAGCAGGGGGAGCAAUCCCGGUGAUUCCCUGCCCUGUCCUCACCCUGAGGCUGCCCUACUGCUUCCAGCAGGUCGUCCCACACACCCAGUGCGAGCCCACAGCCGGGGUGAAGCUGGCAUGUGCAGACACCGGACUCAGCCAGAUCUACGGUAUCUCCGUGGCACUGCUGGUGGUGGGGCUGGGCAUGAUACUUGUUGCCGCCGCCUACUCCGUCAUCCUCAGGGCUGUCUUCACGCUCUCGUCGAGUGAGGCGAACAGUAAGGCCCUGGCAACCUGCGCAGCCCACCUCUGCACCCUCCUGGUUUUAUCUACAUCUGCCCUCUUCACCUUCCUGACCCACCGCAUCAACAGAGACAUGCCUCCUUAUAGCCACAUCCUGCUGGCCAGCCUCUACCUCCCGGUGCUGCCCCUGGUAAAUCCGCUGGUGUGUGGCGUGAAGACCAAGAAGAGCCGUGACCGGGUGAGCAGCAUUGUCAACCCUGGCCAGAAGAUAGCUUCAAAGCCUUAA